AUAUUAAGAAAAUAAACUAUAUGAAGUAAGGAUAAACACCCAAGAUUCCACUAAUUUAGGCAGUAUUAAUAAAAGCAGAAAUCCAAAAUCCUGUCUAUAUAAUGAUAACAACUGACAGAAAACCUCUCUGAAUUUAUUUAUAUCCAUAUCUAAAUUCAGAAUAUGCUGAUUGUGUGAGCAGAACAAUCUAUGCCUUUACCUUUUUCAGUACCUGUUUUUAAUGUAUAAAAAGGUGUACAUCAUUGUUUUGGGAUUAUUGACUUUUAAGUCACUCCAAACGCUGUACAUCAUAAACUGAUCUCUCCUUGGUAACCUAAGACUAACCAGCUUUAGCAAGGUGCAAGGUAAGCCAAUCAAAUUUUAUCUACUUGCUAUGCCACUGAGGUCCCACUAGCAGCAGGGCAGGAGAGUUUUAGUUUGUUGAUUAAAGAAAUUCUCUGAACCCAGUCAUGACAAAAAUGUCGAAUCUAUUUGUACUUAUUCACAACAACAGGCAUAGAAUGCAUAGAAUCAAUCAAAUUCAUAGCUGACAUGGUGAGAAUCAGUUCAGGUGAAUAGUUGGGCAGAGGUUAGCUGGUGACAAUAUAUGCAUUAACAAACAAUAUAUUGUAGAUCGUUGUAUCUCAUAAGUCCAGCAGAAGGCAAUGGUGACGUGACCAAAGUAUGACUUUUUGUUGAGGAGUGGGUGCUCUACUUUAUACCUGGACAGUAAUAAGAUUACUAGUCUAAUCCAGGAGGAGUCAGGAAUAGCACUACACUCCCCCCAGAGCAGAAGGAGGAACCUGUCCAUGGAGGUAAUUAGAAAGGACACAAUCCCUGCAACUUUUCAACACAUUCUAGAGGUUAACUUAUUUCCAUACUUGAUCUGUCAUCCUGGUGAAAUAGAUCACUUUCCACAAAGGACCGCACAGGAUCCUGUGGAUAGUUGUAUUGACCCACCCGGCUACACGGGGAUAAUCUGAGAUGAAUCAAAUCAAGCGAGGCCACAGGAUUGACUUUCCACAGAGCUAGAGAGGGAAAGACAACGUCAGAGCUGUGGAGGUUGAUGUCAGAAAUGUUAGCAACUGCAGCCAUGAGCCAUUUGUGUUCUGAGGUGGUGGUCACAAGCAUCUCGUCUCACUUAAUACAGGCUCUGCUAUGACUCUGGAUGUCAGUCUGAGUGAUUGUUCAUAUGGCACUCCAUGCAAAGACAAGAGGUGGAGCUCUGAUGGAAUACAUCAGAGCUCCCAGGGCGAAGUACACAAUAUUAGGAGAAGCUAUACGUUAUGUCAUCCCUGGACAUAUGCAAUGCUCAAUCGGCUGUGGAGGUCAAGACUGCAAGUAUGACAACCCGAGUUAUUGGAGUGAUGACCAACAGGCUAUAAAAGGCCUCUACUCCUCCUGGGUUACUGAUCGUCUUCUGGCUAUGUCCAGACCCUCAACAGAAAUCAUUGAGAAAUAUAAUGUUAUUGAUCAAUUCAGAAGGAAUGGUAUUAAAACAGUGAUCAACCUACAGAUACCUGGUGAACAUGCCAACUGUGGAAACCCUCUGGAGCCAGAGAGUGGCUUCUCAUACCGCCCAGAGGUCUUCAUGGAAAACAACAUUUAUUUCUACAAUUUUGGCUGGAGUGACUAUGGAGUGGCCAAUCUCACCACUGUGCUGGACAUGGUGAAGGUCAUGUCCUUCGCACUGCAGGAGGGAAGGAUAGCAGUUCACUGUCACGCUGGUCUCGGCAGAACAGGUGUGUUGUUAGCAUGUUUCUUGGCCUAUGCUACAAGGAUGACUGCCAACCAGGCCAUUUCAUACGUACGUGCUAAACGCCCCGGUUCCAUCCAGACCCGAGGUCAGCUGCGUUGUGUCAGACAGUUUGUCCUGUUCCUUGCCCCUUUGAGGAGUGUGUUUUCCUGUGCUGAGCCUCGAUCCAACCCGGUCACGCUGUCCCAGUACCUGAACCGCCAGAGACACAUGCUGCAUGGCUAUGAGAGGAGGGAGCUAAGGCACCUACCGAAAAUUGUCCAGCUAGUGUCAAGACUGCUGUUGGACAUUGCAGAGAAUCAACAGGUGAUCCUGGAGGACAUUCUCGAGGCCCCUGAUAUACAUGACAUAGAGAUGACUCAAAGUUUCAUUGAGAGCAUGGGUCCCGAAUUGUAUGCAAAUGUGCCCCGCUUACCAGGUACACCCACCUUACCCAGACAUUUCAACGAGCCACCCAUCUUCUACCACCGCAAAAGUCUGAGCUACAGUGAGUCUGACUUGAGAAGAUGGGGAUCACAGCUCAGUCUCCUCACAAAACCUCUUGGAUCCCUGUCCGAGAGUAAUGUUAAAAUGUCCAUUUCCUGUUCCGAGGCCAGUCUCCCUGAAUGGAAUAGUGACAAGUCUGACGUCUCACACGGCUCAACAGGCUCACUGUGGCAAAUCAAGAAUGUUGAAAAUCAAAAAAAUGUAUCCAUUCUGUUGAAGAAAGCGAAGCCGAAAACCAUACAACGUAGUGAGUCCGUUGGGAACAAUGAACCUACCAAAAAGGUUAGCAUGUUGUCCAGAUGGAAGGAAGAGCAGAGGGAAGAGUUAGCAAUAAAAGGGAAGAAGUUUCAAGAGAAAGAGGAGGAGUCAGAGGUGCCAUUCAUCACCCUGCAGUCAGAGUUGUCCCUGGAUGCCAGGAGGUUAUUAGCGGCACAGGCUCUGGCAGUGGACCUUUUUCUUGAUGGGGAAGAAGAGCACAAGAGCAAAGUCUUAGCCUGGCAGGCAGAGCUGAACCAAGGCGGUGCGUGGGAAAGGCUGUAUAUGGAGCAGGAUCCCUUCAUACUCACUGGGCUCAUGUGGUCAUGGAUGGAGCAGCUUAAAGAGCCAGUCAUCUCCAUUGAGGAUGCCAAAGCCCUGAACCCCGACAACACUGAUGCUCGUACUGUCCUCAACACGCUUGACCAGGCUCCCAGAGAAACAUUAACAUGCUUACUAGAUUGUAUGGCUCAUAUGCUGACGAUACCAGAAGAGGUUGAAAAUGCAUUCCUGAAUCGUACUAUCAAGGCUUUCACCUGGAUGUCGAUUAACUCAGAGGAUGGGAGCAAAGUUUACAAGUCCAUGACUCCAGUCCUAAGGUGUGUUCUUCAGGACAUAAGACGUAUGAUCAUCGAAGCAAAUGAGAGGGCUAUGUCUCCCUUCUCUUUAACAUAGGAACUCCGUGUCAUGUAUACAUGGUG